GUGGAAACUCUUAAUAGGGAUACAGCGAUCUAUGCAAGUUGCGUAACUCGACCGGUUUACUUCCAAAGUUUCCUCGAAACAUUUCAACAUUCCCUUCUUCGUUAUUAUAGGGGAUGUCCGGACGCGAGAUAGGAUCGCGAUUUUUUUUGCGCAAGGACCUUAGGAAGUCAUGAAAUAACUUUAGUUUAAUAGUUCAAGUUUUGCAAUUUUUCCAAUUCCUUCCAUUCCUUUGUUCGAGAUACCUAUUAGAAUCCAUGCUGGCACGCGUAGCCUCACCAACCCGUGUUCAAGUAUAAUCGCGCAGCUUGCGCUCAAUUCUAUAACGAUUUGACCUUCUCUUGACUAGGUUAGCUUGUUACUUUUUCUGGCCGAUAAACCUUUGCAUCGUAUCCUCAACUGCAAUAUGAGGGGCCACGGUUCGGCCUUAGGGCUACGAAUAGGUCCACGACGAAUCUCAUUCCUCCUCGUCCUCCUCGGCUUAUUCGCCCUGUUCACCCUCCUUUUUACACUGCCCAAUUCAAUACCGACUGGGCCAAGUCUUUCAAAGUCGAUUGCCGAUCAUAAAUUCUCCAUACCGAAAUACAAGGAUAAGCUUUCGUCAAGUAUAUUGAACCCCUUCCGACCGGCUUUUCACAAGCCUGCGGAACAGAAGAACUCAACAUAUGGGGAAAGCUCAUGGUAUUCAAAUUGGAACUGGAGGAAUCCCUUUUCUUCGUCUAUCACGUUGGACGAGAAUCGAUCUCUCCUCCCACCUCUGAAGGAAAGGGCUCCUAUUUAUUGCUACUACGAUACCACUGUUCAGCGGGAUGCAUCUACAAAGGAGGCUGAUAGCGCGCUAUUGUUGACAUGGAGACGCGCCUGGUGGGCUAAGGGGUUUAAGCCAAUCAUCCUGAGCGCGGCAGAGGCUAUGAAUAAUCCGCUUUAUGACGAGCUUCAGAGAUUGGACGUGGAGCCGAGUUUUAAGAAAGACAUGAUGCGCUGGCUUGCAUGGGAGAAUAUGGGCGGCGGACUUCUCGCACAUUAUCUGUUACUCCCCAUGGCGGCCUACGAGGACUCUUUACUCUCAUUUCUACGAAGGGGAGAGUAUCCGGGCUUAACGAGGUGGGAGGAUAUUGAUAAUGCUUUAUUCGCUGGUCCCAAAGUUCAAAUCGCCGACACCAUUGUUCAAGCGCUCCGAGACCCCAAGAAUAAAUCCGCUAAAGACGUGGUUUCUGCGGUUAGCAGCGAAACUUUCCGCGUUGAUCCGUCUCAUGAUUCGCUAGCAUUUUACGAUACUAAGACUAUCGAGAAGACCUACCAAAAGAUCGCAGAAGAAGUCGCAGCAGAUCGUGAUAAGGGCAUGAAGAGCUUAAACGGCCUUAUUAACUUUCAUCUACAUAAUACCUGGCAAGAUAUUUUUGGCAGCGGUAUAGCAGUCCUCAAGCCUAUGCCAACUCACACUACGCACAUGAUCGAGCAAGCCUUAGACCUAGCAACUAGACUCGCGAUCUGUAGUGAUAGUCCAAUGCCGGCAUCGUGCCCGCCAAAUCUUCCAAAGUGCUCGCCUUGUGUGUCCUCUCAUCCUAUGAAGAUUUCGACCCCGGCGCGUUAUAGGAACAAUACGGACUUGUAUACUAUAGGAACAGUACCACACCCGUAUACACUGCGCACGUUAGACACGCUCCGAAAUAAUCUGGAUAUUGCUUAUAUUAGGCGAGAGAUCAAAAGACGUGACGAAUGGCUCUACCUCGUCUUCCAGGAGCUCCUGGGCACGGGCAUACCCGGAUCGGUGCGCGUACUUAAAUUUAAGGAUGCUGUGGCUGGUGAGUACGCAGCGUCACACUCCCUCUGGUUGACGGCCGAGAAAGAAUCACUUCCGGAUGACCUAGAUUGGUGGUUCGGUUUCGAAAUCCCGAGUAACAUGACCGACGACGGGAAGUCGGAGACUCCGGUUCCAGGCCCGGAGCGUCGUCCGAAACCACAGCACGAUCCGGCAGAUGGACCGAUCGCCUCUGAUGAUGACCUCUUGCGUGAGCCGAGCCUUUUAAAUAGGGCGCGGGAAGUGAUGAAGAGCAAGGUUCAAGAGGACGAACGUGUACGGAGUGCUAUUGAAGCCUGGAAUCUAGCGGACACAGAGGCCUGGCGAUUUGCUAAGGCGUUCCUAGCACGUUCUAGGGUGGAGAGGCUUAAAUGGGAGGAAGAGGAGAGUAAAUAUGCUGGAGGUGUAGGAAGUGAAUCUGGAGGACGGGGAUCUAGUUGGCUUCGCUGGGGUGACGAUGAGAACGGAGAGGACUGAUUGAGUAUAUACGAGGCAUUGAUGAUAUGUACGGGUGGCAAUGGAUGUAUAUUUGGGCUCGAGUGUAUUGGCCGUGGCCAAAUGCCCACGAUAGCAUGGAGUUUACGCGUUGUGGAUCUGUUAG